AUGGGGCUGCCGGGCGGUCUCUCUCCUGCGGGAGGCAUAGCCCUUGGCAUCAUAGUGGGAAUCAUCUCGACGAGCGUGCAGAGCGUGGGCCUGACGCUGCAGCGCAAGUCGCACAUACUGGAAGAUGAGAAGUGGCCGCACGAGAUGCGACGGCCGCCGUACAGACGGAGGCGGUGGCAGAUAGCCAUGGGCAUGUUCCUGAUGGCCAACAUAGUGGGUAGCUCAGUGCAGAUCUCGACGCUGCCGCUGCCGGUGCUGUCGACGCUGCAGGCGGCGGGGCUGGUGUUCAACUCAAUAUGCGCGUCUGUCAUCCUCCACGAGCCCUUCACGCGCUGGUCGUUCUACGGGACGGCGCUGGUGACGACGGGUGCGGUGCUGAUCGCGACGUUUGGUGCGAUCCCGGAGGCGGCGCACGACCUGGACGAGCUGCUGGUGCUGCUGGCGCGCAGGCCAUUUGUGGUGUGGAUGAUACUGCAGGGCGUCUUCGUCGUGGCCGUCGCGGUGGCCAUGGAGGUGGUGUGCGCCGUGACCAACCUGGCGCACAACAGCGGGCGGUUCCGGCUGGUGCGCGGCAUCGUGUACGGCAUGAUUAGCGGCAUGCUGUCGGCGCACGCGCUCCUGUUCGCCAAGUCGUCGGUCGAGCUGAUCAUCAGCACAAUCAGCGGCAGCAAGCGUAACCAAUUCGCCCACUGGCAGUCGUGGAUGAUAGUCAUGGCCCUGGUGGCCCUGGCCCUGAGCCAGCUGUACUACCUCCACCGCGGGCUCAAGCUGGUCUCCACCUCGGUCCUGUACCCGCUCGUCUUCUGCGUCUACAACAUCAUCGCCAUCCUCGACGGCCUCAUCUACUUUGACCAGACCAGCCUCAUCUCCCCGCUCAGGGCGUGCAUCAUCGCCCUCGGCACCUGCAUCCUCCUGUCCGGCGUGCUGGCCCUGUCCUGGCGCCUGAGCGAGGAGCAGCACACCCCCGGCGUCGGCCAAUCAUCCCUCGCCCCCGGUCUCGGACUCGUCGAGGACACCGAGGGCGAGGACGAUGACGACGGCGACGACGACGGACGCGGCGAAUCAUCCUCCCUCCUGGGCUCCGAAUCCGCCAUCGAAGACUCGGACGCCUCCGGCUCGGGAUACCAGACCUUCCCCCCCGUCGCCCCCAACGGCACCGAGGCCACCUUGCUGACGCCCACCAAGAAGAAGGGCUACCGACGGGCCGAGCGGGCCGAGAUCUGGGACGAGCUGCAGGACCAGGACACCCCCACAUCCCCGGUAGGUCACCUCCGCCCGAGCACCUUACCGGGUCGUCGCACCCUGUCCGGCUCAGCCUCGGGCCCCGAGUCGACACCCCUCAUCCUGCCGCCCACCUCGCGCAAGGCCGUCGGCAGCCAAAGACCCGGCCAUGACUCUGCCGUGCCGUCCUCGCGCCAUCGGCGGAGACGCAGCACCGGAUUCCCGGGCCUCGUGGCGCGCAGGAACUCGCGCAGGAGGGGCAGAGGCGGCGACUCCUCCCCCUCCCUCCGGCAGCAUGCUCCCAAUCAGAUGGUGGAGGGACUGGAGACUCUCAUCCUCCAGCAGUCCCGGUUCAGGCGCCGCUUCUGA